GUGAAGUGGCCCGAGGCGGAGCUGCUGAUCAUCUGCUGCUUCUAUCACGUCCACCACUACAUCAAGGUCGACGUGCAGCUGUUCACGUGGCACCAUCUCUGCGUCGCCAUCGACCUCCGGGCCAACACGCUCGACCUCGUCUUCGAUAAUGAGACGAGGCAGAUGUCGGCGGGGCGGCCCGAGUCGCAGGUGGACAUCACGACGCUGAGGAUCAAGGGCGGCGGCCGAGUGGUCCUCGGGCAGAACGUGAGCCCCGACACCGAGUGGGACAUCCAGCAGACCUUCCACGGCGAGAUGAUCGACUUCCGCUUCUACGACGUGACCCUCUCGCUGGAGGACAUGCUGGGGUUCUCCUCGUGCCAGGAGGAGGCGCUGGACGUCGAGCCGCUGUACGGCUUCGAGAGGAACAUGUCGGCGCUCGAGCUGUCGGGCUCCACGGAGCUCAUCAACGCCACGCUCACGCAAAUGUGCAUCCGGCCGACGUCGCACCUGACGAUGUUCCCCGAGAAGCUGCCCUUCGACGGGGCCUUCGCGCGCUGCAGGUCCUUCCUCGGAUACCUGUCGGUCCCGGACAACCGCCAGGAGAACGACAAAGUCUACGACGACUUCGUCCGCUUCAACGACCAGUGCACGCAGGGCUGGGCGGCGCUCUACUGGCUGGGCAUCGAGGGCAACGUCACGGCGGGCACGUGGCGCAACAUGGCGCUCGACACCCCCCUCGGCUACGGCAGGUGGCUCGACAGCUGGGAGUACCCGACCGACGACUACCCGUGCGCGACCUACGGCGGCGUCGGGAUCCCGGCCAUGUGGUACAACGCGGACUGCGGCACCCUCACCUGCGCCCUCUGCAACUUCACCGGCCCGCCUAUCGUCAGGAUGCGCGGCCACUGCAAGGAGUCCAAGUUCGACCGCACCUUCACCGUCUACGGCUACCACAACGGCCGCCCCGCCUUCCAGGGCCACUUCUUCACGCAGAUCAUCUGGGACAACGACACGUGGGUGCUGAGGAGCAGGAGGGAGGCCGGGGUGGAGGCGCGGAUGGUGGAGAAGCGCUCCAAGGGCUACCCGCUCGGGCUCUCCGCCUGGGACGUGCACAACGACGACUGCCCCGUCCGGAGGACGGAAUACCUCGUGACCCUGUGCGACCGCGAGGACUUCACCUGCAGCGACGGCUCCUGCGUGCCCCUGAGCAAGCGCUGCGACCAGGUGGCCAACUGCCCCGACAACAGCGACGAACUCAACUGCCAGAUCAUCAUCAUCCCGAGAGGCUAUUCGUCCGACCUCCCCCCUCCGAGCACGGGCAAGAACCCCCUGCGGUUCCUGUUCGCGCUCGUGGUCACCUCCGUCAGGGUGUUCGACCUCGUGGGCUUCAAGAUGGAGCUGGACGUGUCGCAGAGCAUCACCUGGAAGGACGCGAGGCUCACCUUCUCCAACCUGAGGGAAGGGGACUUUACGAAUCAGGCGAAGGCGAGCGCUGAGAUCUGGCAGCCUCUCCUGACGAUCCACGACGGAGCCCAAAGUCCAGCUGACAUCUCGGUGAAGUCAAAGAUCCUGCGGGUGAACAGAGAGGCCCCGCCCCUGCAGGAUGACGACAGCAGGACGGGUGAAGACAAGUUAUACCACGGUGCCAACCACACGAUGAAGAUGACACAGCAGUAUACAGUGGGCCUCAUGUGUCAGUUUAGUCUUCAGAUGUACCCAUUUGACACGCAGCUCUGUACGCUCACCUUUAACGUGUCAAAUAUGGAAGACAGGUUCGAGUUUAUAAAGGGCGGCGUCAAUUUCUCAGCCGAGCGCCGCCUCCUCGAGUACAGAAUGGUCAAGGAAAAAAUGUUUCAUCCUGAAGGCAAUCUGAAGGCGGUGCAGGUAACACUUAAAUUCAAGAACCAAUAUGGCUACUAUAUUGGAAAUGCAGUCGUACCCAGUCUGUUCAUGGUCGUCAUCUGCUACCUGACACUGCUCUUCGAUAUGGACGACUUCAUGGACCGCAUCAUGGUGUCUCUGACGUCCCUGCUCGUGCUGGCGUCCCUCUUCUCCCAGACGAGCCAGUCCAUCCCGAAGACCGCUUACCUCAAACUCAUCGACGUCUGGUACAUCUGCGUCAUCACGGUCGACUUCCUCAUCAUCGUCGUCCUCGUUUUCAUCGAGAACCUCCGGCUCCGCUUCGGUUCCCCUGCGUCGUCCUCGUCUCCGGGAGGCUUUGGCAACUCGAAGCUCUUCCAGGUGUCGCCGUUCCUCAAGGGCGAGGCAGGAGAGGAAGGCAAGAAGUCCUUCUCGGGGGCAAGUCGCGGGAAGAUGGACCUGCCUCACCAUGUGGUCAAUAGGGCGUCCCUCGUCAUCUUCCCCGCCGGCUGUGUUCUCUUCUGCGUCGUCUUCUUCAUGAUUGGAUUCAUUACCUUCGCCCUGGAGUGAUGGGGAGACUUCGGGUCAUGAAUGGGUGGAGUGGGGGAACUUCAGGUGGAGUGGGAGGACUUCAGAUGGAGUGGGAAAACUUUAGGUGGAGUGGGGGGUACUUUAGGUGGAGUGGGAAAACUUUAGGUGGAGUGGGAGGACUUCAGAUGGAGUGGGAAAACUUUAGGUGGAGUGGGGGGUACUUUAGGUGGAGUGGGGGAACUUCAGGUGGAGUGGGAGAACUUCAGGUGGAGUGGAGAGACUUCAGGUGGUAUGGGAGGGAUUUCUACUGGAGUGGGGAGACAUCAGUUCAUGAAUGGGUAACGAGUAAAAGACUCCAAAUCAUGAAUAAGUACAGAGGCGAAACUUCAACUCACAAAUGGGUGAAGAAAAAAACGACUUCAGAAUAGACGAGUGAAGAGAGAAAGACUUCAUAACACAAAUGGGCGAAAAGGCGAGAGAGUUCAGAUAAAAUGGGUAAAGAGGAGAUAAUUUCGACUAAGAAUGGGUGAAGAAGUGAGAUGCAGCCGAUAAGCUUAUCUGAAUUCUCUCCUUCCUCACAAGAUAACCUACUUAUGAUGUUAUGAUGGGAAAACACAUGACAAUAAUGAGGAAAGCAUAAUAAAACACUAGA